UCGGCGCCGGCGGUGGCGCGGCGCCCGCUCAGUUGUUGUUGUGUCAGUGCUGCGUCGGUCAGUGGCUCCGCUCCGCAUCCCCGCACGUCCGACGCUGAUUCACACAGCCCCGUCAGUCGAUCACGCUGAGCCGCCCUUGAAUGAGCUCUCGGAGAGGCCCGCGGUGAAUCGAAAGUGAGCCUCAAGGGAUGCCCUGAGAGUGACCGGAGGUGCUCUGUUUGACCGUGACACCGAAGAGGCCGGCUGCGCUGCCGAGGGAGGACACCUGUGAGGUGUCGCCGGCGGUGUCGGCGGCCGGGGAGGUGGCCGUGAGGCGGCCCGUUUGCGGUUUGGCGGCGGCCACGGGCGCCCGCCGCCAUGCCGCGCGUCUGGGAGCUGCUCUCCUACCUGCGGGGGGAGGGCGACCAGCCCAGUCAGCCUGACUCCAAGCUGCGACAGAUGCGUGAGGCGUCCCUGCCGGUGGACCCUGCCAGCCGGCGCGAGCUCGAUGACCUGGUGGCCACGGUGGGCGUGCAGAAGAAGGAGAUCGCCCAGCUGACUGAUGAGCUGGCCGGGUACCGGGCGCGCGAGCAGGAGGCCGCCGCCCGCCUCACCUCCCAGCUGGCCGAGUGUGACCGGCUCAGGGCGGAGCUGACACAGGCUAGAGCGGAUCUCCAGCAGCGAGAUCAGCAGCUACAGGAGCGGGACCAGCAGCUGUUGGAGCGGGACCAUCAGCUGCAGGAGCGGGACCAACAGCUGCAGCUCAGCACCCAGCAGCUGCGCGCGAGGCAGGCCAAGGUCGAAGACGCCCAGCUGGAGCUGAACCAGAAGACUGCCGAGCUGUCUCGGACAGCCCAGCAGCUGGCGAAGCUCGAGGGCACGGCUGAGGAGGCCAGGGGCGAGGUCGCCCGGCUCAGUCAGCAGACGGCCGACCAGAACAAGCAAAUAGUACACCUCGAAACUCAGCUCAGGACUGCGAAGCUGGCCGUGGCGGCAGCGGCGGCCGCCCCACCGCCGCCGCCGCCGCCGCCCCCGCCCACCAUUGACCCUGCGGAGGUGGAGGCUCUCAGGACGGAGCUCGCAACAGUCCGCGAGAGCCUGCGCGUCUCCGAGACGCAGCGUAUGCAGGAGAUCCGCAUGAUUCAGGAGGCACUGGACGAGGCGCUGAAGGAGAACGCCGACCUGGAGGCCAGCUACCGGCGCGAGGUGGAGCAGCUGAAGACGGUGACGGCAGAGCGCGAGACCCAGCUAAUGGAGGACGCCGAGGCGCGCCUGCGCGAGAUGCAGCGCGACUGGAAACGGCGGCUCGAGGAGCGCGAAAAGGCCGCCGAGGAACGGGCGAAGAUUGCUCGUCAAUCCAUAGAGGACGAGCUAGAGUCGCUUCGAAGUCAAAGGCGGGACAUUGACAUGGUUGGCGGCGAGCAAAAGGUCACUGAGGUGGAGCUGCUGCGCUCCUUCGAGGCAGAGGUGGUCCAGCUGAGGGGCCUCUCGCACGAGCUGAUGAGGGAGCUGCGCGCUGGCAACCGCCAGGUGGAGGUGGCCAAAAUGGCCGAGGCCAUGGCCGCAGACGAGAACCGGCGACUGAACGAGCUCGUCAGAAAACAAAACGGAACCAUCAGCAGCAUACAGAAGGAGCUGCAGCGGGUCCAGGAGCAGACGGACUCCCGGGAGGAGAGUCGCGCUACUCUCUCCGCCCAGUGGGAGGACCGGCUGCGACAGGAGCGCAGCGCCCUCAAGGCCGAGCUGGACGCCCUGCACUCGGAGGAGAAGCACCUGGCUGUGGAGUCGGUCAGAGUUCAGCUGGAGCAGCAGCUCCAGACCGCCAAACAGGACCAGGAGCAGACCGUCAGGAAACUGGAGCAGGAGCUGGCUGCCGCAAGAGACGAAGUUAUACAAAAGGAUGAAAGUCAUUAUUUUGAAAUCAAGCGAAUACAGAAGCAAGCUAAGAAUGACCUAUCUGUUCUUCAAGAAAAGCUGCAGCAUGCGUUCGAGAGCUCGAAACCAGAACCAAUUGUACAACAAAAUGCAAAAGAUCCCUCGCCCGUGGUGAACGGUCGAGGAAGUGAGACCGACGAGGAUGAAGACGAAGAAGAGGAAGAAGAGGAGGAUGAGGAAGAAGGUGAUGAAGAGGCGGAGGAAGAGGACUUCUUUGACGUGGAGGACUCCGAGGCGGCCGGGGAGGAGAUUCGAAGGCAGCAUCGGAGAGAUCUGGAGGUGCUGCUGCGCACCAGUCAGGACCAGAGGGCGGACCUGCAGCGGAUGCUGGAGCGGUACGAGGCCCGCACGGCCUGCACCCAGGAGGAGCUGCGGAUGCUGCACGCGGAACGCUCGGGGCCACACUCUGAGGCGGGCCCCGCGCGGCGGCCGGUGCCCGGCGCAGCGCGACUGGCCGCCGUGCUUACGGCGCUGCAGGAGUGCGGCGACCACCUGGUGCGGCUGAUCGCUGCACGGGAUGAACAGAGGCUGAGGCAGCGGCAUCUCCUCAGCUGAAGGCGAUUAGACCCCAGUCCACACUGCAAGUCUCGCCAGUCGAGGUGGCCCGUUGGGCUGACCUGUCACCGUGUUGGCCCUCGGGACCUCGCGGACAUUGGUGCCCCUCGGGACCUUCCCUCGGCUCACGGUCUCCGUGACAGCCGCUCCCCGGCCCCGCCCCGACAGCGGGGUGACACGGCUCACGGAGGAGCGGCUCAGAAAGGCCGGCGCAUUGUGAGCCCGGCGUACUCACAACGACCACGGCGCUGUGAACACUAUGGGUCUGUUCCAGUCGCACUUCCUAACACCCCAAACUCCUCCAAGACUGCUUCCCUGUUCCUGUGGCAGCUCUAGCCCCUACAAAGCCAAGGAUGGCCCUGCUCCAACCUCCUCUAUAUUGCUCUUGGAGGAGUUUAGAGGUGUUAGGAAGUGCGACUGGAACAGACCCUAUGUCACGCGAUGGUGGGAUGUAUACUUCGGUGACCAUAUGACUAAAAAAUGGAGCUAUUUAGUGCAGAUGUUAUUAUGUAAGGUACGAGCAAGAGUAACGCAUGGAAGUUAUCGUAAGUGUUGUAGGAACGUUGAGACAGCAAAGUUGAUGUAAGGGUAGCUGGCGCGAUGGCUGUCAUUGAAGGAAAUGGUAAAGGCUGUCGGUUUCGAGUGUUGCAAUAAUGUGUAACAAUUUUACGCAGCAGUUUGGCAGCUUCCAGUGGGGACUUGUCCCAGCUUUUUCUCUCAGGGUAACAAGAAAAGAAAGGGAGACGAUGGUGUGAGGUCCGGCGGCGAUAUUUCGAUAUCGAAAUGCGCAGUUUCUUAUGUGAACAUCAUGGAAAGGUUCCCUGAGGUUCACGCCGUAAUAUGACGAUCGUGUUUCUCAGCUCGAUCCUUUAUCUUCCUUACCUCAAUCCAGAGCCACAAAUUGUAGCCGUUCCUUGGUUGAUCAUUCGAAGUGCUAUUUUCUUCUUUGAAAGUAUCAGUUGUAGCAACAAAAUUGCAUCGCCUUGUGCUGGAACCGGAAAGAAAAUGGGAUGCCUCCAGGCUCCAAUGCUUUGCAAAAAGGUAAAAGUUAUUCUUGUUUGAAGCUUAGCUAUGAGUAAUCAGCAAGAGGCAGUUAGCUACAUUAGAAAAAAAUCAUACCAGCUACGUUUGAAAGCCAUCAGAAGCACUCCAGUUGGUCACGUCACCUCUGGCCAGAUUAAGCUCAAUAUUGACCGGUGCGGGUACUCUUUUCUUUGUCAAAGGACGUCACCCGGUCCCGAUUACGGGAGCUGGGUGCGCCAGAACGGCAGACGGCGCCGCCCGGCCCAUUAACAUUCAGUCGGCGGGCUCACUUCAGUGCGGCGCCGCCUGGUAUGUGAUAUGAGGCCAUCCGGUGCUAUCGCGCGGCCCAAUCACUCUUACCCCCUCCCCCCGACCUCCCAGACCCCUCCUCAUCCCCCUCCCCCAACCCCACACAGAGGCACACCGAACUGAGCUGUAGAAUGACGACGUGGAUAUGAAUAUAAAACAGUGCGGGUAUGGAGUCGGUCCGUAGAAUCAAUUUAUGGUAGAGACAGGCUGUGUCGAUGGUUGAAAUGAACGAACAAGCCGUAUGCUCUGUGCAAUGCACAGAUUUGAGCUGGAAUAGUUGAUUUAAUUACCCUGCCCUAUCUAGUCUGUGUCGCUUUCAGCAUUAUGCAUCCCACACUAUCGUGUGGUAUAGCAGCACAGAAGCGAGUUGUUGUCUGUAUUCGUCACUUUUUACCGUUUUGUACAUUGUGGCUUUUGUAUCAAACCUUGUAGUUAUACCAGUGUGGCAGGUAGCCAGUUGUGUCAAAACGUAACUGUGUCUUUCAGUCGAGGUGUGCUAAAAAAAAAUCUAGGAAGAUGUGAUUGGAAAGGAUGAUUACGAGUUUGCUAUACCAAUACGUGAAUCCUCUUUCAACACGGCUUUUGUCGUUACAACGAGAGUGCCAGAGCACCGCGGCGAGAGGCGUUAAUGACGUCGGCCAGUAGCUAUCAUGGCCCCACAGUCCCUCUCCGGUAAUGUGAAUGAAGUGCGCAUUCACUUGUGUGAUAUGUCGCACCAAAACAUGUCUUCAAGCAUCUCUUCCGCACCUGUUCACGUAUGUCUACAACAUCUUACAUCUAUACUCUACAGUAUUCUACACAUAUACAAUACAUCAAGCUGACAAAUUGUUAAGUUUAUAUAUGAUAUAGCAGUGUCAUAGGUGUUGCAACAUGAUUUUAUGAAUUAGCGA